UCGUAACCAGCGCCAUCGAACGGAAGUAAUCCACUAGUGACUAGUGAUCGAAGAACAAACCUGAAAAGUGCCUGAAACCAACAAAAAGCGCAUCGCAGCGAAGUAACGAAUAUCAAGUAUACGCCACGUACAAAGAGCCGAAAAUGUCGCUGAGGAAGAGCCUGCUGCUGGGCUGCCUGCUGGUGGCCACCGCAACAACUAUGCUGAACUUGGCCGCCGCGGACAUUGACACAAACAUUGUGGAUGACCCCGAUGUGUACAUGCUGCAGGGUGUGCGCGUGUAUCCCAACGAUCGACAGUGUGUGCUGGUGGGCGGACUGUGUGUGGCGUCGAGCGAUUGUGUGGAGCCGACCACCAACAAGGGUCUGUGUCCCUCAAGCUCCGCCCACGGCGUGGAGUGCUGCUACGAACUGCCGGUUAGACCAGCGCCCUGCGCGCAGCACUUUGGAGAGUGCAUGGACCGAUGCCACCAUAGGCUCCUACGACCUGGUAACGAUUGCGAAAAUGGCCAAGUCUGCUGUGUCCUGAUUUAGUAAUACACACAUUCUCACAUCCACAACCCAAUACACGAAACAUCCAAGCAACCAGAUAGAGGAUCCCAUAAAUGUCAGUAUCAUAAUAUUUUGAAGUUUGUAGUUUUUUUUAAAGAGCAAGUCUUUAUUUAAUUUCAAAUUAUUUAUAGGAUGAUUAGUCAUCAAAAAUUCGCUUGAAAAGUUUAUUUAAAAAAUUCAAAGAUUAAACUGGUAUUGAUACAUUGUUUCUGUUCUCUAUCUAAACAUCCUCACUUAUAUACAUACACCGUACAUUAACAUGUAUUUAUUUAACUAUAUACUGUAUAUUAAUUAUAUUGUACGAAUACCUUUGUGCGACAUGUUAAGAGUCCCCCUCCCCCCAUCCACAAUAAUCCCCCGAGUGAAAUAUUUGUCUGCUUCCAAUAAAUGCAUUGUAAAUAUUUUCCAAAA